AUGCAUCGCUUUUUUGCACAGCUGGAUCCAUCUCUAACCGUCACUGAGCAAAACCUGGUAGACCGAGUUCGGUACAUCCUGCGCUUCUACAUAUUUGGUGACACCGAACUCGAACCACUACGACGUAAGGCUGUCUCCUCAUUGGAUGAAAAUGCUGCGCAUGGGACUGCGACGCAAUUAAUUGCAGAGCAACCUGCACACUUGGAUGUCGCCGUGAAUAUUUCAGUUGUGGUUGAUUCAGACGAUGAUGGGAUAGUCUCCUACGAAGUAGAGCAAAUGAAGAGCAUAUUAAAAGAGGCGAUUUCGGAAACGCGCACUACGUCUCUCGAAAAUCGACCGCGACUUUCCCGCAUAGCCUUGUAA